UAAUUCCUUCCAGCGAAGAAGUGAGGGGCACAACAAUAACACACCGCUAGCUGUGGACGUACGAAGGUCUACGGAGAUCCUCUAUUUAGCCGCAAAAUCAUAUUUCACAUAGAACGUUUCCGGGAUUUUUUUUUCAAAAUACGUAGUUAGAUUACAGCGCCAUGUGUCAACAGAACCUCCCGUUCGCUGUGACGCGCAGGCGAUGAGAGCUACGUGACGUUGACGUUAGCUGCGCCGCUAGCUUGUUUACACACCGCCCGGUUCUCUGUUUAAUGUCCCGGGUGUCCGGUUCCGCGCGCAGACAUGGAGAGCCUGUACAAGCGGAAAAUGUUCGCAUCUAUGCGGAAAACCAAAGUGGACGCCUCGAAGAAGCGGCAGAUCGGCCUGCCCGCCUCCGUCCUGGACGACAGUGACGAAGGCUCCUUCACGUCCUCCUCCUCCUCCUCCGGGUCCCAGUCCGACUUCGAGAGCUCCCCGGGGGAGGACACCGAGCAGGAGGCCCGGGGCCGCAGCGAUUCUGGCUCCACUUCUAGCGACGACAGCCGUUCCGUGACCCGCAGAAAGCGCUCGUUCUUGGGGGGAGACAACAGCUCCUCGUCCUCCAGCGCUGGCGAAGAGGACACAACUAACGACGAGGACGGGGACCGGAGCCAGCCGAAGAGGACGGUGCAGCCGAAGAAGCGCAGCAGGCUGCAGCCGCAGGACGAGUCCGACUCGGACCAAGUGGAGGAGAAGCGGAGGGACGAGGAGGAGAAGGAGAAGAAGCGGCAGAGACACAGCAAGCUGCUGGCGCUCUCCCGGAGGAUGAAGGCCCGCGUCCCGAGCCGAAGACGGAGCCGCCUGAAGCAGGGUGGAGGCGGUGAGGAGGUCAAAGGUGGCGAGAAGGAGUCCGCAGGCGAGGAAGAUGCGGGCGGAGGAGAAGCCGCCGACGAUCAACCGGCAGAUGAAGCAGGCAGUGCGGAGGAGAAGGACGCCGAGGCGGCAAAAGAAGAGGAGCAGUAGGAGGCGAAGAAGAUGACGAAGACAGACAGUUUGAACUUAAUACUUCGACCAUGUUAAAAGGACUCAUAACUUCAAUUGUUUUUUUUCCUGCAACGUUUCAAAUGGAAAACAAAAACACUUGAACUGGAGUUACAGUCACAUUUUGUUUCCAUAGAAACAGAAGAUUGACAUGCAACGAGGAUUUUGACAGCGUCGUUGAUGUGCAUUGUGUGACGUGUGUUUUCCCCCUGAAAUGGGACAGCGAUGUGACUCCUGUCACAUGAUCGUAUUAUAAUUCCUAAUGUUCUACCCCUGCUGAACUACUGAUAUAUAGAUAAAUAUAUCAAAAUCAGUUUUAUUUAUACAUCUCAAAGUUAAAUAUCCCUGUUAUUGAUCCUAGUUCGAUGUCAUGACAGCCCAUGUUACAGCGAUAGAUGCACCGGUAGGUAAGCAUGAGCUCUAACAGCAUUUUAAUUUUCCCCUAAAAUGUUAAUGUAAUUGCUUCUAAAUGGGUGACGCCUUUGUACUGCAACUGCAUGGCAUCAUUUCAGCCAGCCCCGAGGCAAUGCAAAGCGACACCAACUGUCUUUUUACUUUGUUAUUGCCAUUCAUAGUGGCUAUUUGCAGAAAACCUAAUUCAAACGAAUAAAAAAUAAAUGAUAUUUUUAUUUAAAUACUUUCUUUGAUUAAUAUAAACUCUUGGCAUUGAACAGGUAUUAAUUUACCUUUUAAUUUCUAUUCUAUAUUGUAUUGAAAAUAUGUUAUUACGGCUACAAUUAUCAUAGUUUCUCGCCAAACCCUAAAUUUAUGGUUCUGAAAUAACAAUUUAAAUAUAAAUCUCUCAAAUGCCUUGUGAUAAAAUAAUAUUAACCCUCAUUUUAUGUUUUUCCAGUACAAGGGACAACAGAACAAGGAGUUAUGCUACUGUAUUAUUUUGUCACAAUACUAUUCCAGGGCUAAUAUACAGCUUUCAUGCUCAAAUAAAUGCCAUACUGUUAAUAACAGCAGCAUAUUCACAAUCAACUGUAAUAUCACUCAGAAUAGAAAAGUACCAAAAUAAGAGUCCGGACCCCCCUCACCUGCUGUAAUACCAGUGUGUGUUCAGAGGAUACUGCAGGAAGGGCUCCUGAAUAGUUCUAAAGACAGAAGCAUGAGAACGCUCGCAGUCGUUUAGUUCCCAGCCUCCUGUCCUCCGCCACCGGGGGCCGACUGGUUCCCCGCCAGUUAGAUUCCAGUCCGAUUAGAUGGCGCUCCGGGCCCACAUGGUCAACUACUGCCUCUCGAAGAAAAUCCAAAUUCUCUGUGUAAUUGUAAUAUUUAACGGUCUGGUGUUUUGUAAUGAAAGUUUAAUCUAAAAGCAUAUCUUGUGUGAUUUAUUAUAAUAAAGCUUAUCUAUACAACACAUAUCAAGCAGCAAAGUGCUUUACAGACAUAAAAAUAACAAAAGAUAACAUGCAAUGCAGAUACAUGUGUAUAUAUAUAUAUAACUAAAUUGAAUAAAUCUUAACAUGCUCUGUAAACUACAA